AUGUCGUUAACAAGCUUGAAUUUGAACCCAGCAAUUGCUAAACCAACCAGCAAUGGGCAGGUGCAAUGUAUUGUAUGUAAUAUGCAGGUGAAACCAAAGAUAUGGACCGCUCAUGUGAACGGGAAGAAGCACAAGGAGUCCUGCGAGAGGCUCAAACAGCAGUUAGCCUCCAGUGCCAAACGGCCAGUCGACAUAUCAUCCAUGCAGAAUGGAGCACCACCAAAUCACCAGCGCCACCGCCAUCAACCUGGCGCUCUCCUUCAGAUUUUUUCCGACGAAGAAACCUGGACUAAAGUAUCCUUUACCUGUUGUAGUUGCGUCGAUGCAUUUAAUUCAUAUCCUGAUCGUUGUGAUACAGCAUUCAAACACCAUCUGGCAAAAUCGAAAGAUGAUGAGGCUGCUCUUCUUCGUGAGCGAAAAGGAAUUAUCGAAGGAGUUCCGCAAGGCUUCUUCGACGACAAGAGAAAAGAUGGAAUGGUAAGAGAAACCAUCGUUAACGAAGCUCACAUGAACGAGGAAUACGAACGAUUGAUGCGUGAAUUGACCGAGAAAAAUGUAGAAGAGGAAGCAAAGGCAGAAGAAGAGGAAGAACGAGAUGCUUUACUGCGUGAUCUUGAAAAUGCCGAUGAACAAAUGGAAAAGUGGAUGCGGUUGAAUGCUAUGGAGAAGUUGAAAGAAGCGAGGCUUCAAGAGGCGCGAGAAAAGGCCGCAGUCGAAGAAGAUGAAGAUGAAGGCAGUGACGAUGGUGAUGCAGAUUUCACAAAUUGGCGAGCAAAACGCGUCCUUUGA